UAAAACACAAAUAUCAAUUAGUCUUAGAAAUAUCAACUUUAGAUGUAUUUAACUGUUGUAUGUAGGUCAUUGAUAUACAUUGCGACAGUUGCUCUAUACAAAGCAUUUACUAUUCAUUGCUAAAACAAAACUGAUACGAGUAAGCAAACUAAACUGGCGCAGUACUUUCUGCCUAGCUGUUAUUCUUUUAAUGCUAAUACAACAUGAACAUUCUUUUGUUGUUAACUUUCGUACACCCAUUGGUAUACCAGAUAUUCGCGUUGCGAGACGUAAUGGACGACUUAUCCCAGGGAAUGGCAAAAUGUUAUGAGAGAUUAAAUGAGAAAGAGUCGAUCGUCGUAAGCGAAAGUGACAAAGAUGAGUAUCUCAAGGAAAACAGUCCCAUCAUAAACCAAUUUUACGAGUGUUCCUUUAAGGAGGGCGGUUUCGUAGAUGGCAAUAACAAAAUCGAUUUCUACCUGUUAAAAAAUGCCCUGCUGCGCGAUCCGAGUUUUUCAAAGAAGGACGUAGACAGGGCUCUUCUUAUUUGCAAAACGAGUAAAGGUGUCGAUUUAGGUGCCGAUAUCGUUAAACUGUUAAAUUGUUUAGCUCGAAAUAAAGUUCUGCAUUAA